AUAGUUUAUUUGUUUAGGUUUUAAGUCUGCUCAUUUAAUAUUUUGGUAGACACGCAUAUAAACUUGCCGUUUUGUGCUUGCCAAGUGUCAAUUUGCCCUCAUUCGGUGCGUAACUUGACUAUGUAUAAUAAGUAUUUAAAAUAACAAUUCCCGUACUAGAACUGUGCUUCUAUAGAAUAUUUGCUACUCUUUUGAACUUAACUGUGCAUAAGUUUACAAGAUAUCGUUUUAACGCAGGGUUUUGACGUGUAUAAAAAAGAGAGCACAUGAUGUCAGCUUGAUUUCUUCGGAAAAUAAAACCCACACGUACUGGUGUUUAUUGCUUCUGAAUAGCAACUUUCUAGUUCUAUUUUUAGACAUUAUAGUGCUGUUGCAGUAUGAAUGCUGGACACGAUUCCUCUGGUCUAGGCGCAAGCCUCAAGGAGGAGGUUGGAAGCUACGACGAUGAACAAAUUAGCACUCUCGAAAUUAUUAACAAUCUCAAUAUUCCAAUUGAGCUUGGUCCAAAUGAGUCAUUUGAUAUACCGACUGACUUAAAUAGUCUCAUUAAAAAAUUCGAGCUUCCAUACAGUGGUGAUUUGUCGAUAGAAGAUGGAAAUGACUCUAAUAGUGAUGGAUUGGAACAACCAAAUGACCUUUCUGACGGGGACUAUGUACCACCUGUAAAAGGAGGUCAUCAGCAGGAUGUUACCAUGGACAUUUACGGGGGUCUUAACCAAAAACUUUCCAUGGAGAUUGAUAGUGACUAUAUAAAACCAUUGGUAAAAUCUAAAAAGAAAAAGAGCAAGGCCCAAGUGGCGAAGCAGCAAAAGGUUCCUGUGGAGGUUCCUAUAACUACAAUGGUUGAGAAUUGGGCUCAAUGUGAAAAUUGCAAAAAGUGGCGAAGGCUUCCAUUUAACGUUGAUACAAACAAACUUCCGGACACUUGGGUAUGUGCUCUCAAUGUCUGGGAUCCGAUUUUCAACUCUUGCGAUGUCCCAGAAGAAAAAUAUCCAGAAAAUACAACCCAGGAUCUUCUUCCGGUCGACCCAUUGAAUCCAGCCGUUCCUCUUGCUCCGGGUAUUCACAAUACACUUGACCUGCAAGUAUCUGGUUUAGUUCUUCCUCAAGCCGUUAAGCAAGAUGGGAGUUUGCAUAUCAAGGACUUGGAAGAUGAACCGAGGCUAAAGCGUGGCCAAAGAAAUAAGAAAAAGGAGUCCAGAACUGUAUCAGAGUCUGGCUACUACACAAGAAAUAUGAGAACUAGAAAUAUGGAUACAAGAUCUAGAUCUGUAGGAUCAUCCAAAAGCUCCUAUUCUGGCAGGCAUAUCAAAACAUCUGCUCUUUUGGACUACAGUUAUGAAGAUACUUCAAGAUCACAAAAGCGAGUUUCUAGGCAGGUUUCUGCACCUGUUACAACUGGCCUGACAAUUGUAGAUGAAGAUGCCGAACUUGUAAAGCUCUUGCUUAACAAGGUACCAGAAACGAGCAAGCAUCCAUUAAAGGAUAGAUUGGUUUUGUAUUCCGUAAAUUUGUUUACGUUACUAGCUACAGAGUUGCCACAUAGCUCUCUGUUUCUGGAUAACCCCAGGUUCUCUAGUGAUGGUACUCACGUUGUUCCUCCUCCAAUUUCAAUAGAUGCAACAACAGAUGACAAUACAGCAAACCAGGAUGCUCCUCCUGUGGAUAUUCCAAGACCACAUGCUGAUGUAUCUGGAUAUGGGAAAGAUGAUGGAACAAUCACACUUGGAUUUGCGUACAAGACGACGUGGCCAAGUAUAGACCCAGACACAUCCACCAUUGAUUCAGUUGAUGAUGUUGAUCCCAAUUUGGAUACAUCUAGAUCACAACUCUUUGCCAUGUUCCCGAAGCUGGCCUCUCAAAUUCCGGAACUUCCUCUUUAUGCACAGGAAAACGAUAAAGAGGACGUUUCACAGGAUACACAGGAAUUUAUGGUUACUAGACGGGGUAAACGUAAGAGAUCAAGACAUGCCCUGAAUAAAAACGUUGAUGUUAUUGAUGAUCCAAGGGCAAAUGUAAUAAUGGAACAGGACGAUGUGCUAAACGCUGUAUACAGUUUUGCGAAGCAACAUGAAGAAAAUUCAAAACGUUACAGACACUGUGAUCCUCUAAAGGUUGCCAGUGGGAAUUUACUAAACAUUCCAAUAUACUACCCCAAGACAGCAGAGACCCCUGUAAACAACAUUGCGGAUCAGUCAGACACACAAGAACAAUCCGCAAAAGCUGAGGAUACUUAUCUACCACUCGAAUUGACAAGUACGCCCUCAACUUACUUUGGGUCCAAGAAAAAGGAAGCAGAGCCUUCAAAUAACAUACAAUUGGAGAGAAUACGACAAGAACUCAUGAUGGAACGUGUAAAGAGUACUUAUCUCAAAAGAAUAAAGACCGCACAUCCUGAUAUAGAAUACCCCUCUCCGGAUCUCAAGAGGCUAUCAAGAAGAUUUAAGUCAAGAUACGAACAGACAGGUGAAAGUGAUCCUGACAACCGCUCUGAUUAUUCUGGAAGUUUCUCGAAAAGCCCCGAUCAGAAAUCUGGAUCACUCGAAUCUCUUGCGUCUAUUUACACGCAACACAAUUCGCAAGAUGAUAUUGCUGAAUUGUCCAGUGAUGCAUACCUGGACAAGGAUUCUUCAAGUUUGGAUAUCUCUGGACUUUUGUUCCAGUCGAUCCCACACGAUGCUCUUUCCAGUGCUGAGUUUGAUAAGGAUGCAAUAAAGCUCCUCAGUACUCCAAUCGUGUACAAUGGUCAAGAACUGGAAGAUAGUGCACACUCUAACGAAGUGGACAUGAAUUUGUUGUCCCUUCCGAUUCCAGAUCUUGCAAGUGUUUUGAACACUCCACCACCUGUAGUAUAG